AUCGGCAAUUUAAAGUGCGUCGGUUGUGCGUGAGCGUCGGUUUCGUUUUCAGUGCGAACUGUAGCCGUUUUUUUUUGAAAAAAUGUUCAGCAAGGGAGUUCCAUUAAGUAUGGCUGGAGCGUUUUGAAAUGGCAACACCUGCCAUUUUCUGCCUUGGAUUACAGUUGGAUCCGUCUAAUUCGUCCUCGGUGGAAAGCAGCAAAAGACAAAUGCACACGAGCAACGCCGCCGGCGGUGACAAACGCGAACUAAACGGCGACAUCAUCUUACUGAGGGGAUCGAAACUGCCGGAAAAUGGGCACAUACUGCUAAGGGCCGAGAAUCUGAAUUGCCUCAAGAACAACCUGGUCUUGGACGAUACCGGCGGAAAGCUUCUCCUUCAGCAAAGUGACAUUACUGACGGUCUGCUUUUGCAUUCCGUAAAACGGUUAGGGAACGGAGCGCCCAUUUUCCUUUUAAGCGGUAACGAUAACGGCAACGGACAUAUCUUGAUCCAAACUUCCCCGAGCGACGACGCUGAAAGUGUCAGUGAAAUAGUGGAAGAUCAGAUACAAGAACAAAUUAGUCUACGCGCUUUAGAUGGAUGUCCAGAUGAAGAAACAACGAAGUCGAUUACGCUUCCGCUCGGUUCCGGUACUUUACUGUAUGUCUAUCAGUGCCGCAACAACCUUUUUGCAUUCGAUAGUUUAAAGAUCGGGCAUCUCAGCGAAGACUUAAUCUUAACUUCCUGA